AUGGCAAAGAACACAACACCUUCCCCCCUGCGCAUCUUGCCCAUCUUGCAUUCGCAGGUCUUCUCAUCUCCCACUCUGUCCUCGCAAGAGUGCACCCGCGUCGAGCUCUCUGAGAACUUGUCGCGCGCGGUGACCGACGUGCCGUCGCAGUUCACCGUGCGGUCAAGGACUCUUACGGGGCCAACUCCUCAGGAAGCAGUUGGUGGCCAUCGACGAAGGCUGGCAUCGAGAAUCUACAUCUACUACAUCUCGGAGGCAAGCCACCGUCGGGCGGGCAUUCCUUUAAACUUGGCGUCAAUCUGGCAGGCACGGUAAGAGAGAAUUGGACGCGAUUCUUCCCUUUUCGUGCGCCGAGGCACGCUUUGCUCACGACCACCACGUUGCUUGUUGUUAGGUCUCACCACCCACGAGAAUUUAGACUUCGCCCUUAUUGGCGAUUACCUGCGGGAUGCCGGCUCAUGAUGCUUUCGCUCGUCGCUCACGAGACUGGGACCUUGCUAGUGAUACGCGCAUAGGAGGGCGCCGCGGUGAUUCUCCCGAUUUUUCUUACAUGAAAUGCCCAUCACGAGCCAUUUUGUCUGCUUCGGGAGUGCAUGAAGUUCUUUCUGUGGCGGAUACGUUGUGGCGGCAGCGGCCUGAGCUGCAACCCCUGUUUAGUGGGGUUCGAGAUGACAGCAUGCUCCCCGCUUCUACUACUGCCUCUACUGCUUUUGUGCCGGCUUACCGGCCUGCAUCCACAGCCUUCCCCGUGGUGCUCUCUGACUUGACUCCACGUAUUUCGACAUGGCGAAUUUUAUGUAUACACAAGUUGGGCGUUCGAUACACCACCGAUCUGCCCUUCAUUUUUCGAGAACAACUCACUUUAUUUUUUGGGCCAUAGGCUAUGCAUGUAAAAGUCCUCGAGUUGGAGCCUUUACUGCCGCGCAAACCCACUGCGGUCUUUCCCCGCACCUCAGCACCUGUUGCGGCAAAACGUCGUGCUGCGCUGCGCGAGUUUUGGACAGACAAUUUAGUCUCCUCGUAUAACACAGGCCCUUUUGCUAGCUUCUACUGCUGUUGGUACAUGGCGUGGAGUGCUUCCAGAUGCUUUUUAUGAUUGGUUGGAUCCGCUUCAACCAAGGGUAAACAAGCUUUUCUGGCCGGGCGUAUGCUCUCUUGCGGAUAUCUUCGCU